GAAACAUCUGAUAAUAAACCUUUAAACAAUGAUUGAUAUUAAAUGCCUUGAAUACUCAACAAUUAAGAUUCCUUAUGAAAACCUAAACAAAAAAUAUCGAAACUCUCUUAAAAAUUUGGACAGAGAUUUUAAUCAAGUUCAGGUUUUUUUGAGUGAUUCUGAGACAACUAUAAAAAGUUUAAAUGAUUCAAAUCCCGAAUCCAUUCAGAGUAUAUGUAAUAUCAUUGAUAAUGUAGCUGAAAAAUUAGUUUUUCUUAAAAGAAAAGCCAAAGAAAAUCUUUCUGAAGAAAAAGAAGCUUUAAAACUUUGUAAAAUAAGAAUUGAACAUCUGCAAGAAGGCUGUAUAUUGAGUCAUAAUACAAAUUUAUUAACAAUUGAAAAAGCUAAAAAUAAGGAUCAAUCAAAUGUUAAUACUAAAUUAAUAAACAAAGAACUAGAUAAUUCCCUCAAUACUGCUAAUGGAGUUGAUGAUCCAACUAAUAAUGAAGAUGUAAAAAAUAAUAGCCUGAUACUUUUAAAUUAUGAAACCAAUCCAAAAUUAAAAGUUAAUUUGGAAGAAAUGAAUGCAAAAUAUAAUACUUGGAAAAAGAAAAGAUUAGAUAGAAUGCUAAUAGAAUAUUUUUUGCGCAGGGGUUAUUAUGAUACUGCACUCUCAUUAGCAGAAUAUUCCAAUAUUCAACAUUUGACAAAUAUAGACCUCUUUAUGAUGGCCAAAGAGAUUGAAAAAUCAUUAAUAAAUCAACAGACAGGUUCUUGCCUACUCUGGUGUUAUGACAAUAAGUCAAAAUUAAGGAAAAUACGGAGUAAUUUAGAAUUCGAACUUAGAAUUCAAGAAUUCAUUCAAUUGUUCCAGAAAGGAUUAUACUUGGAAGCUAUCAAAUACAGCAGAAAAUAUUUUAGUAGCGGCGUAGAUGAAACUAAUUAUCAUCAAGUCAAAAAAAUCAUGGGUCUCCUAGUAUAUUCUCCUAAAGAUGUCUCUGAAGCUUAUCAAGAAUACCUUAGCGAUGAUAGAUGGGUAGAUUUGGUUCAUUCAUUUAGAGACGCCAUAUUUAAAAUGUACCAGCUCGAUAAACAAUCUAUAUUUUGCAUCACCUUACAAGCCGGAUUGGCAUCUCUCAAAACACCUCAAUGCAAUACGAAUAAAUACGAUUCUUAUUGCAAGGACAAAGAAAAUCCCGCGACAAGCUCUGCAACCUCCAAGCGACGCAAAAAAGUUACGUCAUCGGCUGCCACGGCUCCUGUUUCGUUAUCAUCUGCUUUUAUUUCAAGUCUAUUACCUGCUGUUGCAACUCCCGCUUCACUAGCGCCUUCAAUCGUUUCAACUUUAUCUCUUUCUACUCCCAUUAUAUCAUCUGCUUAUACUUCAACUUUGUCAUCUGACGACUCGACUCCUAUUACGCCUUUAACGAAUAUUUCUACUUCCGCUAUUAUAUCCUCAACUUCCUUUACUUCCGCGCCUUCUCUAUCUUCUGCUCUUAUUCCAGCUGUCUCAACCCCAUCUACGCAAAUUACUUCUAACGCAUCAUCUGCUUCUAGCAGUAGUUAUGUGGCCGACCCCCGAUGUCCAGUGUGUAAUUCUAAAAUGGCCCUAUUGUGCCGAGAUCUUCCCUUUGCUCACAGCACUCAAUCCCGUUUGAUUUGUAGAAUCGGGCGAGAACCUUUGGAUGAUACCAACCCUCCUCUCAUGUUACCAAAUGGGCAGAUUUACGGGAAAAAGGCAUUGCAGCAAAUGGCAGCUAAUAACGAAAACAAAAUCACUUGCCCACAAACGAGAGAGUCCUUUGCCUUUAGCCAAGUUGAGAAAGUUUACAUCAUGUGAAAACCCCUAAAAUCCAAACUCAUUUAUUUAAUUAGUAAAACUAAAAAAUUGUACUUAUAUUUUAAAAAUUAUUAUUUAUUUGUUAAAAAUUAAUUCGAAUGAAUUUUAACGGGAAUAUAUUGUACUAUAAUAAUAUUUACCCAAAUUUUAAUUUAUUUAAUAAUAUAUUUCUUUAU